AGGACUCAGUAAUGACGCCUUCUGUACGUAAUGCAAGUAGGAAUGCUUAAAAGCUAAUUUAUGAAACUAGCCGGCGAUUCAACCGACGGUGUCGAUUUCAUCAGCUCUCUACCCGACGCGAUCCUCCACCAUAUCUUCUCCUAUAUUACGACUAAGGUCGCCAUCAGAACCUCCGUCUUGUCCAAACGAUGGAAACAUAUCUGGUACGAGACACCGUCUCUCUCAAUUGUUUGCUAUAGAGUAGAUCCCAAUUCGAUAAACAAAACCCUACGUAGCUACUCGGCUCCCAAAAUCACGAGUUUCGAUGUUACCAUGAGCAAUGACGUCACUGCACCUGAGAUCGAUACGUGGAUCAAUCUCGCUGUUUCACGCAACGCUGAGGAUUUAUCUCUCAAGUUCAGAUAUAAUUACAGAUUCCCAGAUACCUUCUUCAUCAAUUCCUCUCUGAAGCAGCUUAGUUUGAAUUUGGGUUAUUCCAAUCUGAUUCCCAAAUGCGUUGUCUCUUGGUCAUCGUUAAGGACCUUGUCGUUGAAUCGUUGCAAGAUGUCUGAUGGCUCAUUUGCCAAAAUUCUCUCUGGUUGUUUAUUACUCGAAAGCUUGACAUUGAAUCUCUGUGAUAGACUUUAUCAUCUUGAUCUGAGCAAGUCACUAAGUCUGAGAAGAUUGGAGGUGUAUGGAGACCGUUGGAUUGAGGCACCAGCGAGGAUUGUAGCGCCACACAUCCAUUAUUUGAGAUUGGAAAACUAUCAGCGACCAUCCAAUUUAGUGGAUGUCUCCUCUUUAACAGAAGCUAAUCUCAAUCUUUCAUAUGUACUUGACUAUUUCACAUGUGAAAUCGUCGAGGCUGAAUUGCUUCAGUUCAUGGUGCGAGAGAUUCUAGUAAAGUUGCAAAACGUAAAGAAGCUUACUAUUGGGGGAAUUUUUCUUCAGAUUCUAUCUCUUGCCGAGCUCCGUGGUGUUACUUUUCCAAAAUUCAAUAUCGAAGCUUUGACUGUUGAAACGAGGAUUGAUCAGUCUAUGAUUCCUGGUCUAGCAAGGCUGCUACAAAACUCUCCUGGACUGAAACGGAUAACAGUUUACAUAAUGAAAUGCAACACCAUACCGGAUAAGCAUCUUGACAGAUACUUGAAAUUGUGAGGCUUGAAUCCGGAACAAUGCUGGAUAUCAAAAUAUGGGGUCUUUCCAACUGUGGAGCAGACAUCUUCAAUGUUGGAUGAUAUUGGUACGGAUGCAAAGAUGAAACAUGUGGCUUCGUUCGUAAAACUUGUCAUGGGAAACACAAAGACAUUAGAGAAGCUGGUUUUACAGUUUGGAGAUUACCUUGAUGCAACAGGGAUUGAAGAGCUGUGUCAAAUGGUUCCAACAUUUUUUGACAACAAUGUCCAAAACUCCAAAUUGUGAUCAAGAAAAGAUGAUCUUAAAUAGUAGUAUUAGUUUAUCUAUGGACCACCGUAGAUGGCUUAAUUUUCUUGAUAAACGUGUCUUCAAAUUAAUUGUUUUGAUCUUAAAUUUAUGAUUCAGAGCUUUAAGUUUCUGUGUUCA